CUCACGUGAAUUAUGUGUAAGAGCCAAGUCUAUGACUGGCCAUUAAUUAAGUUAUUGGCCUGUUGGCUACCCAGAUUUUUGGCCACGCUGCCCCAACUCAUCAGAUUCGGGGCUCGACCUUAUCAGCCGGGCCGAUAGUGGCAACAUGGGGCCAUGUGCAUAUUUUUUGGCAAGUGCAAGUGCGACGAUAAGCUUCUGACUAAUUAUAUACACUUCAGUGGCCCCAGACCAACUCUCACUUUCAGUGAUUACUUCGCUAUAUACUUUGGUGAUAAGCCAACGAGUGGGAACUACAAUUGCAGUGGGGAAAGCGAGUAAUGAUUAGAUUAGCAAAGGGUAUGAGCCAUGUUUGCCAAUAUAUAAACAGCAACUGUGGCGCUAUCCCACAGAUUGUUUUUGUUUGCCAAUACCAACUAACAAGACGCCAACAUGCCCACCUUUGAGGAGAUCGUCGAGAAGGCCAAGAACUUCAAGAACCUGCCCAGCAAGGAGGAGUUCCUCGAGUUCUACGGCUACUACAAGCAGGCCACCGUUGGCGAUUGCAACAUCGAGGAGCCCGAGGAUGAGGAGAAGAAGGCCCGCUAUAACGCCUGGAAGAGCAAGGCCGGUCUCACCGCCGAUGAUGCCAAGGCCUACUAUAUCGAGGUCUACAAGAAGUACGCUCCCCAGUACGAAUAGGCUCGAUAACCCUUACCCUUGGACCCUUUUCUGUGACCCUCUAAAGCGUAC